AGCGUAUAUAUACCGUCCCUCUUCGUUUGCGGCACACUUUCCUCGCGCCCGACGGCUCAAUGACCUCGGGCCUCCCUGGCUCAUCCCUGUGUACUUUUUUCUCUUCUGGCGGUCUAAUUGCCUUCCACGACUAAUUCUCACUCCUCUAAUACGACAAAUAAUAUUCCGCAUGAUAAUCUUGUUCCGCUAUGAGCUUUUCGACAGCAGGACCCUCCUCCAACGAUCCCUCUGGGCAGCAUCGGAGCCACAGACAACCACCUCGACCUGCUUCACGUACGCCUCGCUCAGCUUCACCACACAGCUCCUCCCGGAGGGCUUCGCCCACCACCAGCGACCCCGCGUCUGAACGAUGGGCUUCUGGGGACGCGACGGGACACACAACUUCGGGGGAGAUGGAGCACGAGUCGGAGGGCCGGAGAAGGGAGCGCUCCAGUCCUUCAGUGACGUCUUCUCAAGGAGACAUGGCCGACAACGAGGGGGAAGCGGGUCCUAGCCAGCCUUCUCAAGCGGCGCAGCCUACGACGACGCCUCCCAAGAAGAAGCGGACGAGGACGCUCACGACCCCUCACCAAUCCGCUGUACUUCACGCACUUCUUGCUCAGUCACGCUUCCCGACUACUGCAAUGCGAGAGGAAGUAGGCCGCGCCAUUGGUCUGAGCGCUCGCAAGGUGCAGAUCUGGUUCCAGAACCAGCGCCAGAAGGCUCGCCGCCCUCGUGGCCAGCAGAGCGCACCGCUGACGCGACCCCCCCAGUUUGGCCCUUUCACCAACGUCCCCCCUGGCUCUAGCAGCGAUGCGACCGCUGUCGCUGGCCCCUCCGGUUUACACGCUCAACCGAGCUCUGCUUCGGGAAGCGGUUCUUCGACGGGUGCGCCGCCUCUUAUGCGCGGAACAGGUCCUUCUGGCACAGAGUUCUACGCCCAUCAGGAGACCCAUAUGUCUUCCCAGUACCCGAGAUCUGGCACUCUUUCUGGACCGGGCAUUCCAGGCCCUAUCAGCGCGAUGCUGCCGCACCCGGUGUUACCGAGCGAAUCCCGCAGCGCGCUGCCGUUUCCAGAAGAUCAGCGGGGUAUGCCAGCCUUCCCCGGUUCGAGCCCAAUUCAGCUCUACCCUCCUCCGUCCAACCCGUUCGGUGCUGACGACCUGUCGCGCACGCAUUUCACUAGCGCCGGAGGAUCCCACCGCUUCAGUGAUGAUCCGAGGAUGCCGCACCGCGUUACGCUGCCGCCGAUCGUGGUCGACCCGAGGCAAGACGUUAUGGGCCCCAGCCCUAGCAGCCGCUAUCCCCCUCCUUUGCCUCCUGUUGUUCCUCACUCAUCCACGUUCUCUGCUGUCGGUCCGCGCCGCGCUUCCUACGGCCAGGAGCAGGCGGAGUCACCCUUCGCUUAUUUUCCGCCGCUCAACAUCCCUCCGCCGUUUACACUGGAGCCGCGGCCGCAAUGGGACGACCCCGCAUUUUCGCCUUUCUCUCGUCCGGGAUCGUCAUCACGCCCCUCUAGCUCGUACGCCCUUCCGCCUUCGCUCAAUUUUCCAUUGCCGCCAGUAGAGGCCACGACGACACGUCCUAGCGAGACUCUUCCCCCCAUACUACCUAGGCGUGCUGAGGGCGCAGAGGCUCCUCAUAGCCCCUCGACGCCUCUCCUACGCCGCCAUCGACCAGAUUACUCGCGUCUUGGGGAUCGCCCUUCACGCUCGGUCACCCCCCGAGCGGGCACGAGCUCCCGUCACUCCGAUGAAACUACACACCCUAGUCGUUAACCUUUGCCGACAUUGAUGGUCCCUCGUUAGACCUCACCCACGACCUAACCUUCGACGUCGCUCACGAACUCCACCACGUAUUGCCUAAGGCGCAUACUUAUUAGCGCACCUACCCACGUCUAAUCGCUCAUUGUCUCCAACUGAUCUGCUCCCUACGAACGUCUAAUCACUCUUUGUCUCAACUAGUGUCAUCAUCACAUA